CGGCCGCCGCCAUCUUGAUGGGAGAGAAACAAUAGGACGGAAGCGCCGCGGGACGGGCUGAGGCCGCAGAGAAUGAGUUCAUGUGUCAUCUGGUUUGGGAGCCAACUGAGCGAUGAGUAGGGGUAAACAUUGACCACAUGCAGAAAGCAAGUAAUCUUGCCUAAAGCCAGUGAAUGGACCAUUACUUGUCGGCACAAGAGAGGAGAGAACUAUGACUCAAGGUGGUGUGAGGAGUCAUAGACUGCACCAAGGAGAAGACUGGAGAUGGAGAAUAACUCUUGAAAGAGGAGUAAUGGUCUUUUUAAGGAGGACUGAAAAUUCUUGCAGAGCGUCCUAGCCCGCGCAACCGAGGACCUGAGGCCAGACGGACGACAGACGGAGGACGCGCUGGCCGCUGGACCCCGCCGCCUCCCCUUUCUCCCUGCCGCCUGCGCCUGGAGGAUGAGCCCAGCCUUCAGGGCCAUGGACGUGGAGCCCCGCACUAAGGGCGUCCUGCUGGAGCCCUUUGUCCAUCAGGUUGGGGGGCACUCAUGCGUGCUCCGCUUCAACGAGACGACUCUAUGCAAGCCCCUGGUUCCGAGAGAGCACCAGUUCUACGAGACUCUCCCAGCCGAGAUGCGCAAAUUCACUCCCCAGUACAAAGGUGUGGUGUCUGUACGCUUUGAAGAAGAUGAAGACAGGAACUUAUGUUUAAUAGCAUAUCCAUUAAAAGGGGACCAUGGAACUGUGGAUAGUGUAGACAAUUCAGACUGUGAACCAAAAAGUAAGCUCCUGAGGUGGACAAACAAAAAACAUCAUGUCCUAGAAACGGAAAAGAGCCCCAAGGACUGGGUGAGGCAGCACCGGAAAGAGGAAAAGAUGAAGAGCCACAAAUUAGAAGAGGAGUUCGAGUGGUUAAAAAAAUCUGAAGUCUUGUACUACAGUGUAGAGAAAAAGGGGAAUAUCAGUUCCCAGCUUAAACACUCUAACCCAUGGAGCAUGAAAUGUCACCAGCAGCAGUUACAGAGAAUGAAGGAGAAUGCAAAGCAUCGGAACCAGUACAAAUUCAUCUUACUGGAAAACCUGACUUCCCGCUAUGAGGUGCCUUGUGUCCUGGACCUCAAGAUGGGUACCCGCCAGCAUGGUGAUGAUGCUUCAGAGGAGAAGGCAGCCAACCAGAUCCGCAAGUGCCAGCAGAGCACAUCUGCAGUCAUUGGUGUCCGUGUGUGUGGCAUGCAGGUGUACCAAGCAGGCAGCGGGCAGCUAAUGUUCAUGAACAAGUACCAUGGACGGAAGCUAUCUGUGCAGGGCUUCAAGGAGGCACUUUUCCAGUUUUUCCACAAUGGUCGGUACCUGCGACGUGAGCUCCUAGGCCCUGUGCUGAAGAAGCUGGCUGAGCUCAAAGCCGUUUUGGAGCGACAGGAGUCCUACCGCUUCUACUCAAGCUCCCUACUGGUCAUCUAUGAUGGCAAGGAAUGGCCUGAGGUGGCCCUGGACUCAGAUGCUGAGGACUUGGAGGACCUGUCAGAGGAGUCAGCUGACGAAUCUGCUGGUGCCUAUGCCUACAAGCCCAUCGGCACCAGCUCAGUGGACGUGCGCAUGAUCGACUUUGCACAUACCACCUGCAGGCUGUAUGGCGAGGACAGCGUGGUACACGAGGGCCAGGAUGCUGGCUAUAUCUUUGGGCUCCAGAGCCUGAUAGACAUUGUCACAGAGAUCAGUGAGGAAAGUGGGGAGUGAGCUUGCUGGCUGCACCAGCACCUGAGAGACUCUCUGUGUCCCAGGCACAGCUGUGCUGCGUCGGGGAGGAGGCCAGUAUGGCCAGGCCGUUGGCCCCUGCAGCCUGGAGCUGAUGUGCAGAGGCCUCUGUGAGUCCCAGCCUGAGCCAGCCCCAACCGCGUUUGGAGUCUUUUAUUUAUUUUAACUAUUUCUUCAACAUUCCACAUUUGAUGAUGCAGAUACCUCUUUCUUCCCUGAGUGUAAAUGUUCUAAUACAAAUCUUUUUGUUAAUUGUA